AUGGUCCGACUGCUUGGCAUCGACUUCUCUCCACUAAGUGAGCCAUGGGAUAGGAAACUGGAGAGCCUGGGUGUCGCGAUACUGUCUGGGAUGUUCUUCCCAAUGAUUGCAGUGUGCACGGUUCUGCCAUUUAUUCUGCUCUUGACUGGUCAUUGGUACAUAGUAGUCCUCUAUAUUUUGUGGUAUUUGUAUGACCGAAAAUCACAUGAAAAUGGCGGCUACGAAAACACUUGGUUGCGAGGGUGCAAGUACAACCAGUGGGUCAUGGACUACUUCCAGUCGGACGUUCAUGUCACCACUUACUUGCCAGCUGAUCGAAAUUAUCUCAUGGCUGCGCACCCUCAUGGCGUAAUUUGUUUCGGACUAUACGCUGCUUUCGUGAGAGAGUUCGAAGGCUGUGAACGUAGAAAUACCGCAGAAGAACUCAGUGAUAAGUUCAGAAGAGAGUGGCUUCUUGCCACCGGGUUCAUUGGUUGCGAUGAAACAAGCAUCCGCAACGCUCUUUCGGUGAAGGAAGUUGGACAAGGUGUUGUGCUCCUUAUAGACAGUUCUUACUGUAUAAUUUGUAUAACAAUUGCAAAACAGACGCUAGGGUACAAUCAUUCAGGUGGCGUCGAAGAGUCCGUUCUUUCUCGUCCAGGGGAACACAGACUAAAACUGCUCAACCGGAAAGGUUUCAUAAAAGUGGCUUUUCAUUGCGGUGCUUCUUUGGUUCCUAUAUACACAUUUGGAGAAACCGAAACCUAUUCGCAGCUCGACUAUCCAGAAGGUUCGCUGGCGUACAAGUUGCAGAUAUUGCUUAAAAAGACUAUAGGAACACCUUUGCCAAUUUUCAAUGGGAGAGGAUUAUCACAGGUGACAACAAGUACAUAG